AUGCCACAACAAUCAAAGCAGUCAAAGAAUCAACAACACCCUAAUAUUAUAAAGACUCUAAAGAAGAUUCAAGAUCUAGCUGUCUUUAUUAAUGCCAGUCUGCAGUGCUGGAAGCUAUAUAAUUCAGUUUAUGCUAUUACAACUAUUCUAAUACUAUCAAAGAAGCUUUGGUACUUUGAUAAUGCAGACUAG